CCUUCCGCCGAGCGGUGACGCCAUUUUCUGGAGGAUUUUUUUUGAAAAAGGAAGGGAGGCUCGGGAGGAGACGGGGAGAAGCGGCUGAAGGCGAGGGACCGACCACCACCACCACCCCGAGGCACUGCCCCAAACCAUGGCCGAUGUCGACAAGCUCAACAUCGACAGCAUCAUUCAGAGAUUGUUAGAAGUGCGAGGUUCAAAACCUGGAAAGAAUGUGCAGCUGCAGGAGAAUGAGAUCAGAGGCUUGUGUCUCAAAUCACGUGAAAUCUUCCUCAGUCAACCUAUUCUCCUAGAACUCGAGGCUCCAUUAAAAAUUUGUGGUGAUAUUCAUGGCCAAUAUUAUGAUUUGCUUCGACUGUUUGAAUAUGGUGGCUUCCCACCAGAGAGCAAUUACCUGUUUCUUGGUGAUUAUGUGGACAGGGGGAAGCAGUCAUUGGAAACUAUCUGUCUGCUGUUGGCUUAUAAAAUUAAAUAUCCAGAAAAUUUUUUCCUUUUGCGUGGAAACCAUGAAUGUGCCAGUAUAAACAGAAUUUAUGGAUUUUAUGAUGAAUGUAAAAGGAGGUACAAUAUUAAAUUGUGGAAGACCUUCACAGACUGUUUCAAUUGCUUACCAAUAGCUGCCAUUGUGGAUGAAAAGAUAUUUUGUUGCCAUGGUGGUUUGUCACCUGAUCUUCAGUCCAUGGAACAAAUCAGACGAAUCAUGCGACCCACUGACGUGCCUGACCAAGGACUUCUUUGUGAUCUUUUGUGGUCUGAUCCAGACAAAGAUGUAUUGGGAUGGGGUGAAAAUGAUCGAGGUGUCUCAUUUACAUUUGGGGCAGAAGUAGUUGCAAAGUUCCUUCAUAAACAUGAUUUGGAUCUGAUAUGUAGAGCCCACCAGGUUGUAGAAGAUGGGUAUGAGUUCUUUGCGAAGAGACAAUUGGUGACUUUAUUCUCUGCACCCAAUUAUUGUGGGGAGUUUGAUAAUGCAGGUGCUAUGAUGAGUGUAGAUGAAACCUUGAUGUGCUCUUUUCAGAUUUUGAAACCAGCAGAGAAAAAGAAACCCAAUACAAGCCGGCCUGUAACGCCACCAAGGAGCAUGAUCACAAAACAAGCCAAGAAAUAAAACCAGGAAUUCUGGUGUUGCCUAUUCGGACAUGUAUUAUACCGGAUUGUCUCCAUUUUUAACUUUUUUUUGUGUAAAGUGUACCUGUCAGCUUGCUUGGGUUAGAUUACUACUUGUUGACUUGUGGUUUAUCUGCUGUGAUAUGCUGAGUCAUAUUUGCUGCUGCAGAGCAACAAACAUGAGUCAGCCACCUGAGAUGGAAGAUUAUUAAAAAUACAGUAGCUCUCUAACCUGCACUGGUGCUCCUACUCGUUAGCAUAGCCUGCUAACAAUAGUGUGCACUUGGUUAUUCCACAGUAGGCUUCAACGUGGGGAGGGUGGGGAUAAUUGAGGGUUAGUAGUUGAGAGAAAUUUGACUUUUUUGGUACAGUUCAGAAAGUAUUGUAAAUGCAAUGUGAAGAACGUUGAGUUUUCCCUUUUUUAAAGGCCCAAAGAGGUGCUUGAGCCUGGUAAUUUACUUUUUUUGGAAAACAAAAUUCGCUAAAUGUAGGAAGUGGCAUACUGUUUAUAAAACCAAGUUAUAGUUCAAAAAUUUUUGUACUUAAUGUUUUUUAUUUAGAGGAAUGCAUCUGCUUUUUCAAGUCUUCAUGCCUGUCAUAUAAACAACUGUCUUGUUGUAUAGAUGUCACGAUUAGAAGGAUCUGCCUCUCCACUCUGCCAGCACCACUGAAAAUGACGUAAAUUUGAUUAAGCACACUUCCUGUACUAUAUUUUCGAUGAUGAAAUAAAAGCCAUUAUUUUACAUUUGGCAUUUUGAUUUGUCAAAUAUUAGCUUCCUUGUGUUUAUAAUGGCUAACACGGAUUAGUUAACUUCUGGCAAAGAUGGUGGAGAACAGAUUAAGGUAUGUCUAGCAUAGAAUAUUAAUGAACUUUUAUUUGUCAUUCACUCAUUCCUAGAAUGGGGAUUGGGAGAUUUCCCUAUUCCUCCAUGCCAUUAUCAUCCCUGGCCUUGAAGCCAAGCAAGCAAUUUGAGGAUCUGUGUCAUUAGACAAUUGGCCACUAGGUGAAAAAUAAUUUGGAAUGCUCAAUGUUUAAACUUCCCUUUAGACAUUUCUCACCAUGUAUUUGUAGCUGAGAGCAUAAGGUUUUAAACUCUUUCAGGUCACUUGUAUGCAAUGGACAUUUUUCCCCUUCAUUGCGUUCAAAUUUCUUAAAGGUGAAUAGAUACGAUACUCGUUUCCCUUUAUUUAGUCAUCCCCUCUCCUCCCAUACUCCAAGAUUUUUGCCUUUUCUCACUUGGUACAAAACCUUGUCCAUACACUUUUUGUCAACAUUACUGCAUUCAAGAGGAGAUACUGAUUUGGCUUUCUUUAUCUCCACUACCAUGCUGGGGAAGUUCAAAAUUGGGCAAUCCACUUCAGCCUUGUGGCUGGUUUAAAUGUGGCAGUGGCAGAUCCCUGGGCAUCUAUUUGAAUGCCUGUACUGUCAACUAUGUAAGUUAAUUUCAAGAUCAAAAUUGGGAAGAAAAAUAAAUCCUUUUUACAAA